AUGAAUAAUAAUAUGAAUAAUAAUAUUAAUUACAGUAAUUUGAAUAAUAAUAACAUUCAUUGGGAUUAUAAUAAUAAUAUGAAUAUGAAUAUGAAUAUGAUGAAUAUGAAUAUGAAUAAUAAUAAUAAUAAUAAUAACAAUCAUAUCAAUUAUAAUAACAAUAGUAAUAAUAUGAAUAAUAACAACAAUCAAAUGAAUAAUUCAUAA